AGUCUAGCCAAUUGUUUUCUCCAAAUAUGCAAAUGCCAGUGACUUUUAUAGACCACAUCCAGACCAGCUGAGAAGUAACAUUCUUCAGGUUCCAUGGAGAGUUGAACCUCAAUUUUUAUGGAGCAAAUCAUGGCCACUAUAUGGCAUCCUCUAGAUUCUGAAAAAGCAAAAUGUCUCAGAGGUAUGAACAAGAGGGGAAGAAAUACCACUACAUAAUUAGCAAUUUGGCAAGAUUCUGUAAGAUGAUCAAUUGGUAAGAACAUCAUUAGCCAUUGGUUAUUUAUUGAUUUUAUUCACAAUUUUGGCAAGAACAUGUUAAUUGACAAGGUAAACUUAAAUGUUAAGUCUUUUACUUUUUCUCCUUAAACACCUCUGUUUCUUCAAGUAUAUUUGCCAAGCUAAUACUAAAUGUCAAGGCUUUUCCUCCAUCGUUUGAAUAUAUUAUCCAAGCAUAUAAACCUCACUCAAAACGAAAUAAGAUUGGCGUAUUUUGCCCAACUGAUGCUUUAACAUUCGGAGGUUUCAAGAUUUUCUCAGAACCCAAAUGGGUCCUAGAAAAUGCUGGUCAAUCAAUACUCAUAAACUAUGUCCAUAGAGGAUAAAGAAAUUUCAAGCGAACCUUUUAGAAACCCAGAAAGAGAGGAGGCUACUGAAGUUUCUUUUCUUGUUGAUGAUGGUGAGAGACCCCAACUAUCAAAGGAACUUCAUUUAUAGUGAUCAAGUUUUUCUUGGUUGAGUCGAGGAGACAAAUGGGUAUCGGACAACGCCGGCUGAUGCCACCGCUUCUCGUCUAGAAUCUCCUCAGUCAUGCAAUGUGUGAUUUCUCCACGUGUUUUGUUCAUGGUCUUUCUCCCAUGGAGUGUCAUGGUGAAUUUGGAUUGGAUAUUUGUUUCAGCGGAGAAAGCCAAGAUAAUGAAGAAAAAUUCUCUCUUUUAUCUCACCUUACAUACUGCCAAAAUUGCCGGCCAUAGCCGUCCAAGCUUCUUAUACCUUCUUCUCCUAUCCCUUUCGCUUCUCUUUCAUAAAUAUAUUUCUCCGCCAUAUUAUUCUCUUUUGUCGCUCUGCUAUGGUACACAUUUUUCCAAGCAGAGACUCGUCUAGUUUUGUUACAGAAUGGGCUGUAUUCAAGCCAAGUCUUUGACACAAUCUUCACCUGGUGGUUUGGAGAAGCUGAAAAUGGAAAAUGGGUUUGUGGGAAAAGGUGGGAUUGUUGGUUCUAGAAGAUCAACAGGCCAGACUUAUCCAGAAAGAGAAUUGGGUACUAAGCAACACAGAGCCAGACCUGGGAUCAUUAGUGAUGAGCUAAGUAGCAGCAAUGAUAGUGGACAUGAAGAUGGGAGGUCGAUUGGUAGUGAGGAAAAAGGAGAAAGAAAUGGUGGGAAUGUAUCAAAGAGAAUUUCCAUAGAGGAUGAGGAAUUGGCUGAUGGAUGGCCUCAAUGGCUACUUGAUAAUGUUCCCAAAGAGGUUUUGGUUGGCUUGGUUCCAAAGACUGCUGAGUCUUAUGAUAAGCUUGCUAAGGUAGGUCAGGGAACCUACAGCAAUGUGUACAAAGCAAGGGACAGGGACACUGGAAAAAUUGUUGCAUUAAAGAAGGUUCGGUUCGAAACAUCAGAACCUGAGAGUGUUAAGUUCAUGGCAAGGGAGAUCACGAUUUUGCGAAAAUUGGAUCAUCAACAUGUACUAAAACUUGAAGGCUUGGCCACCUCAAGAAUGCAAUACAGUCUUUAUCUUGUGUUUGAAUUCAUGCAGUCAGAUUUGUUAAGAAUAAUUUCUCGUCCUGAAAAGCUUACGGAGCCACAGAUUAAGUGCUAUAUGCACCAACUUCUUUCAGGCCUGCAGCAUUGCCAUUCAAGGGGAAUUUUACAUCGAGACAUCAAAGGCUCUAACUUACUGAUCGAUAGAAAUGGGAUGCUAAAGAUUGGGGAUUUGGGUCUUGCGAACAAUUACAGUCAGAACCGCAAGCGUCCUCUCACAAACCGAGUUGUGACACUUUGGUACAGAGCUCCUGAGCUACUACUGGGUGCUACUGAUUAUGGAACUGGUAUUGAUCUUUGGAGUGCUGGAUGCCUCUUAGCUGAGAUGUUUACAGGAGAACCAAUCAUGCCUGGUAGGACAGAGGUUGAGCAAAUUCACAUGAUAUUCAAGCUAUGUGGCGCACCGACAGAGGAAUACUGGAAAAAAUUGAAGCUGCCAUCUUCUUUCAGACCUCCACAAUUAUACAAAUCCCGUCUAGCAGAAGCUUUCAGUCAUAUUCCUACAUCCUCGUUGGGUCUAUUGAAAACUCUUCUUUCUCUGGAUCCUACAAGUCGUGGCUCUGCAGCAUUAGCUCUUCAACAUGAAUUCUUUUCCACCAGCCCCUUGGCAUGUGACCUUUCUGGUUUACCUGUGAUCCACAAUGAUGAUGACAACGUAGAUCAAGCCAUUGAUGAAAAAAAAACCAGAAACUCUAAAGUUAGGCGAUCUCGAACGCAUCGUGAGCGCAGGAGAAGAGGUUUAACUUCGGAGAAGCCUGAAGAUCCUGCUGUCCCCAAAGAAGUAAAAGUAAGCACAGUUGAAGAGAAGACUGCUGAGCUUAACACUCGCACCGAAGAUCCAUUUAGUACCACGACUACAAGUAGUAGCUCUUCCGGUGCAUACUUGCUUGGACAGAAAGAAACAAGCAGCACUACUACUACUAACAGUAGCAGUACCUCUUCUAGUGCAUACUUGCCUGGACAGAAGGAAAGCCUACUGUUUUCGCCCUCGCCAGUUAGACCCUCUAAUCUGAAGACGUCGGCGAGUUCACAAAGGCUUUCUGAUGCGAAUCAGACCGAUAAGAACCUUCCUCCUUUGCCAAAGCCUAAAAUACGCAUCACUAAUUACAGCAAAGACAGUAAAAUCCACAGGUCUAUAUCUACAAGAGAAUUUAGAAACUUAAAUCAAAGGGAGCAUUUAAAACGUUAUGUUGUUGAUGACUAAACUAAAGUAUGUUUAAGAGUCUACUAUUCUAGUUCUUGAACAUUGGCUUGGCUGGCUACAUAUUUGAAUUUUUGGUAUUAUUUAUUUGAAAUAUAUAUGUAUUCUUCUCAUAUAUAAUACAUACCCUUUGAGCUUAAUUUUUCUUCUUAUUCUUCUUUAUGAUAAUGCUGGUAUUAUGUAAGAAGCAGCUUAUGGAAAACACAUAAUUGUACUUACUCUUGAUCAUAUGAUUAUUAUUAUUAUUGCUACUACUACUAUAACAACAAUUUAUAAAUGGUGUUAUACAUUAUAACAAAAUACCAAGGAGAUAGUCAUAUUUGUAGUUGCUUCUAUACCAACAAGUAAGAUAAGAUAAACAAACACUACAAUUUAUUAUUUACAAAUAUUUCAUCUUUAUCGUCUA